AUGUCUUCAUUAGCUCUCAAAAUCGGAAGUUUACUAGUUCGAACGCUGUCAAAACCUAUAGCAAAUACGAUAAAAGCACAAGCAAAAGAACAUAAGACAUUCCGAAAGGUUUGUAUCGAUUUCGCACAAAUAAUGCAUCGAGCUGAAUUCAAAAUUAUGGGAGCCAAUCGCGCCCGCAGCGGUCAUACAAAUGUUCGUGUUCGUCCAUUAAAUGAUGCGAAAGCGGUGGAUGCAGGUGCAAAUUUUCUUUCUGAAACUUUUGUGUUUACUGUUGCCGGCGGAGCUAUCCUCUUUGAAACUUGGAGGGUGAGACGAAAAGAAAAGAAUCGGCGUGACAAUGUAGCUGAGGCAAUAGUUGGGCUUCAGCAAGAAAUUAUUCGCAUUCAUGGUAUAUUGGAAAAGCAAGUGUUAGAAAAAAAAGUCAAGGGUGCUGAAGUAAAGGGGGACAAUGAUCAUACAUAUGAGGAUUUUGAAGAACUUCACAAAGUAAUGCAUGCUAUGGAACAGGAGCUGCAUACUUUGUCUUCCGAAGAGAAUGAAGAACCUAAGAAAACGAAGAACAAUGAUUCAAAUCAAGCCUCUAGUAGUUUGCCUCCCUCACCCAAUGAAUAUACAUCUAGGAAUUCAUCUGUUCACGAACCCGCCCAACUGCCUACGAAUUCGUCGCUUUCCUCUCAGCCCGCAAAAUCCACAAGCCCAUCAAAUCCCUGA